AUGUCUGCGACUGUUGAGAAAGGAGCGGCAGCUUUUAAGGUUUUUCGUCAAGUUGUAAGCGAACUAAGAAAAGUCGAUAAGACCUUUUGCUCUAAGUCUCCCCAGUAUAAGUAUUUGAAUGACCAAAUGCGUGAGCAUCAAGUCACUCAAAGAUUGUUCUCUAAAGCUUCUAAUGAAGUUGAACAGGUUACUCAUCUGUAUGCAACAUAUUUGUCAAGUACUCGUCGUUUGGCUGAGCUUGAAGCUAAAUAUAAAGGAGGAGAAAAAACAAUCGAAGAAAGUGCGAAGCUUGUUGGUCUAGCUCUUCCUAAGAAGAAGUUCGAAUAG